AUGAGCUCUUCUUGCUUUCCUCUUCCUAGUUCUUACGCCGUUGCAGAGAUCGACCUGGAGUCAAGUUUUCGCAGCAUCAUUGACCCCAGUGCGCAUCUGGCAGCACGGGAGAUCAAGACGACCAAGUGUCUCGUUUACCUACACUCAUUACAAGAACUUCCAGCACCCUAUGCUCCGGACUUCGUGUACUACGUCUACCUCGUCGGCCCCACCCUCCGCCCCCAGAACCCCUCCCUCUGCCUCACGACGGACAUGUGCACGCCCAUCUUCCCGAACACCGCCCACCCGACCGGCCGGGCGCCGAUCCGCCCCGACCCCGCCUUCCCGCUCGCGAACUGCGCGCACUGGGCCGGGCCCGACGCGGCGCUGUGCGUGCGCGUCAAGCGCGGGCGGUACGCGCGCGCGGAGGCCGUCGAGCUCCCGGACGACGAGUACCUCCGCCUGGAGCGCGACCGCGCGGAGGACGCGUUCCGCGCGCGGAGCAUCGCGGCCGAAGUCGCGGUCAAGCUCGAGCGCUCGUCGACGCCGUCGUCGCUCUGCUCUUCGUCGACCACCUCGCUGUCGUCGUCUUCGAUGGGCUCGUGGGACGACCUCGCGGACUUCGACUACGACCUGUUCGAGCCCCGCGAGGGCCCUCGCAAGUGCCACAUACCGGUCGUGAACAUCUGGCUCGACAUCGAGGCGCACCUGCCCCCAGGGCACGUCCCGGACCCCGUCGAGUUCAUGCGCCAACACGAGGCGGUGUCUCAGCUUCUGCGCGAGUACCGGACGCCCGAAGUGGUCACCAUCCGGCUCGACCUCGGCAUGAUGCGCCUGUCCGACUCGUCCAGCGAAGACCGCGCCCGGCAACUUCCCGUGGCGCUCGCGCGCCAGCACUCCUACCUGCGCCGUCUCCCGCGGCGUGUCCCCCUGCCCGCCGCCGCCGCGGACGACGACGAGAAACAGAGUUUGUCUACGGCCGGCAGGGCUUCCGUGGCGGAAUACAAGGCGAGACCCGGGGCAGGCCUGCGAGGUGUCCCCAACCGGUUUCUCGCCGCGCUCGCGGCGCGUUGCUGUAUGCCGUCCGCGUGCGAACCGUAG